UGUACAAGUGCUGGGUCACAUUUCAACCCUGAGGGUAAAGUUCAUGGGGCUCCAGGAGAUGAAGAAAGACAUUAUGGUGAUCUCGGAAAUGUAAUGGCUGGAAACGAUGGAGUAGCUAAAUUUGACUUAACAGAUAAGUUGGUCACAUUGAAGGGGCAACAUUCUGUCAUCGGCAGAACCUUGGUGAUUCAUGCUGAUGUGGAUGACCUUGGACAAGGUGGCCAUGAACUAAGCAAAACCACAGGAAAUGCUGGGGCAAGACUGGCAUGUGGUGUGAUCGGCAUCGCAAAGAACUAAGUCUUCAUUCCAUGGAGAUGACGGACCGACUUUUGACUAGAAUUUAUGUGUACAUACGAGACGUAACGAAGCAUCAUGGAAAUCAAUUAAUAUAUCAUUUUUUUUUUAAUUUUCAAACUAAGCAGGAGUCUCGUUCAGUUAAACAGUACUAGUCAGAACUGUAGAAACCACAUCAAUUAUUCUUGUUAUUGGGUCUUGCCUUUUUAAAGUUUGUUACUUUGUCGUUCUUUUCACUCUUGGUGCAUUUUUGUGUAUCUUUUAAUAAUUUAAUUAUUUUGUGUACAUGUGAAAGUGUAACUUA